UUUCAUUUCUUCACACUGCCAUUCGUCAAUGUCGACCUAGUCAAACUUUUUUCUCGUAGUUGUUAGCAAUUAAACGUAUUUGAAUCUUUAUUAAUAUUAAACGCGAUAACUUUGUUAUUUUCUAGUGGUUAGGUCAAGUGUAUCAUUACUUAAUCGUUGCCAGGGAGCAUAUAAAACAGCAACUUCGGUUGUAUCGACGUAAAUUAUUCGCACGCCGCCGCUAAGGCGGUGGCGUCGAUAACGAACACAAAAAUGCACGUAAAAUGUAUUCUUCGUCGUCGUGGUUAAAACGAAAGCGCGUUACGCCAGCAGAACAACAAAACAAAAGCCUAAAAGAAAGGCAACAACGAUCGUGAGAGCGCGCGCGAUCAAAAAAGAUAGAGCGAGAGAGAAAUAAAGAAAGCAGAGCACGCCGUCGUCAUUCAGAGUGAAUGUGAGUGAGUGCGAGUGAGAAAGAGUGCACACAAGUGAAAGAAGAAUCUAUAAAAAGUAAAUCAAAUAAUUUCAAAAGUCAACAACAAAUAUAAAAUGAGUGCCAACAGCAGCAAUCAGAAAUUGCAACAAAUGUCUACAGAUGCUGAUCAAUUAGCAAAGGUGACGAUGACAAAGACAAAGAACGAAGAAGCAGGCGGAGGAGGAGGAGGAGAAGGUGGCGGACAAGUAAGCGAGCUUACGGAAAUGCCACGUGUGUGUCGUUGUUGUUGCAAACGCGACAUGGAAUUGCUGCAAAUAUUCGACGAGUCAACCAAUCAUACGACACCAACAACAGCAAAACAAACACAACAACAACAACAUCAAUUGUCAUCGCUGUCAUUACGUCGACGCAGCAAACAGCAACAACGCCACGAAGAAGAGCAGCAAAAGCGCAAAUGUGAUAAUCCCGUGGACUAUGCACUGAGUGGAGCACACAGCAACAUGGACACUGUACUCGAGGAGAUGAUCAUUUGGAAGCUCAAUAUAUCAUGUAACGAUGGAUUACCCCAAGAGAUUUGCCGACAAUGCAAAGCACAGUUCAUUAUGCUGGCCAAGUUCCGACGGCGUUGUGGACGCGUGCAGCAGAUACUUCGGGGAUACGCUCAGCAGAUUGCCGAGCGUCAGGCGUUGAACAAAGAUCUCGAUAAGGAUAAGGAAACUAAUAAGCCACCACAAAAUCAGACUGAAUCGCAAUUAGAGCGCAAGCGUCGCUUAGAGGAACCGCAAACAGUUGAGAAGGAAGCUUCUUCACCCAAGAUACAGCGACGUCUCGAUUCUCCGCAAGCCAAUCGUGGAACGAAGCAAUCUACGACGACGACCACUUCGAGAGUCUCGAAGUCGCGUUCACCCUGCAAACGAAUGAAUAAACCCUGGCGAACGAAGGCAGCGCGAAAGCAACUAUCGGACACAAGCUCUUCGAGUGUGUCUGGGCCACGUUUAGAAGCCUUCACAGCAGUCACAACAUUCGCUUCCUCCACAUCUUCCUCGUCGGCUCCGACAACUCCAGACUAUCUCAGCGAUUUGUCGGUGAAUCCGUGUCGUGGUUUUGCCAACGACGACAGUUCCUCAAUCGCAUUGUCCAGCUGCGAUGGUGAAACGUCACCGCCAAGCAAUUCUAAAUUACAGUUUCCGCCCAAACGCGCCUUGCAAAGAUCGCAAAUAGUACUGCGAAAUAGACGAAGAUUAAGCACACCCGUGAAGCGAGCUAAGCGCAUCGUACGCAAGACUCCGGAGAAAUCAAAGCAGCUAAAAAUAAAGCCGGAAGCUGAUGAGCCAAAUGCUCAAGAUGUGGGCAAUAAAUUGGAGGAGACUCCGACGAGCAGCACAGAUGAAUCCAGAGCAGAGGAAAGCAAGGCGACAGAAAUAGUUAAUGAAGAGCAAAUCCGCAAAUCAGAAGCCAUAAACACUGCAAUUAAAGAGCAAACAAAAGAUGAAACAAUGCCAAAUGAAGAAAUGAAGAGCAUAGCCAAAGAAACAAUUGAAGAGAGUGACAAACUGAGAGAGGAAAAUGAAACUGAAACAGAAUCUGGAACAAACCCAGAGCAGAAGAUGGAGAUGGAGCAAGCUGUGCAAUUUGAGGAGUUGACUUCGUCCACGGAGCAAACUCAACCCGCAGUACCAUCUCCCGAAUGUGAAGUGGAAGUGAGUCUGGCAGCAAAUGAUGAGCAGCAAAAGUCCGAGCUGAUUGUCAGCAUACCUCUGGAGGCGCUUGAUGAUGAGCUGCAGCACAAGCUGUGCAAUGCCGAGGCAGAGAAGGGGAGAGUAGAAGAGGAAGGAGAAGGAGAAGCAGCAGUUGGCAAGGAGAACGGCGAGAUCGAUGAUGUGAAUAACAAUGAGAAUGUCGAGCAUUUUUGCCGGAGUGCUACAGCAGAUAGCUUCAAUGCUGCUGUGGCACUCGAGACAAAACAAAUUGAAGCAGAACCCGAUGGAGGAGGUGGAGGAGGAGAAGGAGCAGGAGGCGUGGAUGAUGAUAUGCCAACACUAGAACGUCUCGUGGAGCUGCAGGAAAAGAAAGUGGAUGAAGAAAUCGAACAGGUUGUGCUGUCAGUGCCACGCAUAACGCACAGCUCGAUGGACUUUUUGGCCGAGUUCGAGAAGCACUGCGAGAAGACGUUGAAGGAACAUCAGCAGAAGCAGCAACAGCAGCAGCAACCGGCGCCAUUGGAGCCACUGCAGCUGGAGGAGGCCAAGCAGCAGAUGCAGGUUGAAAUGAACGAUGUGGAGAGCACGCUGCAUGGCAUACUCAACGAAAUGCAGGAUCAGCAUCUCUACACGCCCGUCUGCACACCCAUCGAUGAGUUUCUCACACCCGCCGACUAUGCGCCGCUGCCCGAGACGGAAUCCGCGCCGCCAACACCUGCGAAUGCCAGCGAUCUCUAUGAGCCAGCGACGGUGCAACAACAGCAACAAUCACAGCAGCAGCCACAAGUGAAGGAUGGCAAUCUGUUUGAUAGCAGCAACUUCAGCAACGAGCUGAUUGGCUUCCAGAAUGAUAUGCCCUGUUUUGAGAACAUCGAGUCAUCGCCUGAAUCGAUGGCCGCGCAGCAGAGUCUGCAGCUGGAGCUGACGCAGCUGCUCAACGAUUUGCAACCGCCAACCGUUAUCAACAGCAGCAGCAGCAACAACAGUCCACAACAACAACAUCAGCAGCCACAGCUGCAAACGCAACAGCAACAGUUGUUGCCGCCUGCCCAGCUGGUGCCGCUAGAGACAACCAGCUAUGAUGCACUGUAUCCUGCAGCGCCGGCAGCAACACCAGUCACCGCACCCAUCUCUCCGCUCUCCGACAACUCAGCCAGCAAAUUGCAACUGAUACAAAUGCAACCACAAGAGCCACUGUGGCAGGCACAAGCAGCCGCCGCAGUUGCCGCUGCCGCCGCCCACCAGACGACACAUUUGCAAUGGUCCACUGUGGGUGGGCUGGAGGCCAUCAAGACGCUGCCCAGCAGCAAUUUGGACAAUACAACAACAACGUACUACAUAAAUGCCAGCGAUCUCUAUCAGCAGACAAACAAUUUGACGAGCGACAGUUAUGCGUUGCUCGACAACAAUGAGAACUACAUCUUGGAGCAACAGCAGCAGCAGCAGCAACAACAGCAGCAGCAACAACCGAUUAUGAUACUCAUUCAGCAGCCGGAGCUGCAGCCAGUGGCAUCAGCGAGUAAUCCGCAACAGGCGCCGUUGCACAUCACGUAUGCUUCGGCGCUGGGCAACGAGUUGCACGGCUAUCAAUCACCCCAACAUCAGCAGCCGCAGCAGCAGCAGCAACCACACCAGCAGCAACAACAGCAAUCGUCGCCGCCGCCGCCACAGCGGCAACAACAGCUGCAGCUGCAGCAACAAGUACAAAAUGCAAAUCAAACAGUAUUAGGUUUACCACAACUUGUGGCGCCGCCGCCACCGCGAGGAAGGCCGCCAAUGUUAAAGUGCCGCUUCUGUCAGAACGGACCGCGUUUCGCUAGCAGCUUGGAGUACAGUCGCCAUAUCAUCGAACUGCAUCCCGCCGUGGCACCCUUCAACUGUCCGCACUGCCCGCAAUCGUUUGCCGGCCGCAGCAAACGCAACCAGCACAUCCUCAGCCAUCAUGUGGUGCAGCAGUUCCAUUGCGGCCAAUGCUCACAAAUGUUUCCCGCCCAGCGAGCCCUCGACCUGCAUCUGCAGCGCUUUCACAUGCCGCUUCUCGCCGACGCAGGCGGCGAUGGUGUCCGGCUAGAGGAGGUGCAGCUGCAGAUAGCCACCAAGGAGCAGCAGCCAUCGCAAGCGUUGCAAACAUCGCCACUACUGGCAGCGCUUGAACAGCCGUCGCCAUCGCCAUCGCAACCACGAAGGACGCGCAUACUUUGCUGCCCCGAUUGCGAAGACUGCACUGCAUCUGUGAGCAGCCAUCAACAUCGCAAGGAGCAGCCUUACGAGGAACUGAGCAAUCUUCAGACACCGCCCACAGUGCUGACUCCACCAUCGACAAUUGCGUCGCUGCCAUCGCCACAACCAGUGUGCCCAACGUCGCACAUAACGCUGCCCUCGCCGGAGCAAUCGGAGCCGGACUCGACGACAGCGACGCUGCGGCACUUCCGCAAACGUUCGGUGCCCACAAGUGCAGUGUCAACGCCAACGACGACAACAGCGGCCACAACAAUGCUGAUGACUGCAGCAUCGCCGUCGCCUUCGUCGUCGCCAUCGUCAUCCACCAUGGAGAACAGCGCUUCGCUGCAGAUGAGCAAACUGCGCGGCAGUCAUCAGUGUCUGGUGUGCGACAAGCGAUUCACCAACAUCAUUGCGCUGCGCAAGCAUCAGCAGCUGGCUCACGACUCACAGACGACGAUGCCGUGGGUCUGUGCGAUCUGUAAGCGGGGAUACCGGAAACGCACCGAUAUGGACAAUCACAUGAAGUCACAUGAGCCGAAGGGACGUCCGUAUGAGUGCAACAAGUGUUGGGUGAGAUUCCCGGAGUUUAAGCAGCUGGCGAUGCACAAGUUCACCGUCCAUGAGCUGAUCAAGCCGCAUACGUGCGAUGAGUGUGGUAAACAAUUUGGUACGGAGAGCGCCUUGAAGACGCACAUUAAAUUUCAUGGUGAGCGAGGCUUCCAGUGCGAAGAGUGCAACGAGACAUUCGCAAAUCUCAAAGAGUUUCGCAAACAUCGACGCACCCACAACAGCGAACUGUUUUACAAGUGCGAACACUGCCCACGUACUUUUCUACAUUUUACGAGCUUUCGUGCUCAUAUGAACACACACUUGCCGCUGGGCGUAUUUCUCAACGAUAAAACUACAGCGCAGCUGCCCAACAAAUUGGAGCAUCCAGGCAACGAGGAAUUGCUGCCACUGACGCCUCUGAGCAACGUCCACAGUGGCGGCAGCAUCAGUGAAGAUUGCCCCGGAUCCGUGGAGAUGGUCGAGAGCAGCAUGGCCCAGUCGCUGGAGAUGAUUAUCGAUGCGCCAUAACAGCUGGUCUCACAUUAUUUUUUAGUUUACAAUCAUCCAGAACGGACACUUUCCUAUUUCAAAUGCUACUCUAGGUAGCGUUCAUUAACUUCCAUUAUCACACACACAGAGAGAGAAAAUCCAGCACAUUCAAAUUGUUGCAGACUGCAUUGAGUGCACUGAAUAUAGAUUAAGCCAUCCAAACACACACAGACACACACACUCAAGAAGAAGUGCACACACUUAGUUGUAGUUUUAGUUUUAAAUGUGUAUUCAUUGAAUGAAUAUUACAAAGCAAUUAUCAAAUGUAUAUACUAUACAAUGAACAAAUACAAAUGAUCAAAUUUAAUAGAUGAAAGGCGCGCUUUUAAGUUACUAGAACCCAAAUAUUAUCUACCAUUAUGUUAAACUAAUUAGAACUAAGAGUUUUUUGAA